GGACGGCCCCCGCGAAGCGACGCGCUGCUCCGCCCAGCCGCCCUCGCCGCGGCCGUCGGAAGAGCGCAGCAGCGCCGCCGCCGGUGCUCUGUGGCAGCUCCUUCCUCGUCGGAAGAGAAGGCGAAGAGGAGCCGGCAGCGGGGGACGGCCGGCCGGCCGGCCGACGUCGUGGCCUCCUAGCCAGCCGGCCCGUUCGCCCGCCUCGCUGCACCUGCCGAGGGAGGAUGCGCGCGGAGGACGCCCCGUGACCAGCACCAGCCAUGGAGCCGGGGCUGGGCUUGGGCUGGGCGGCGCUGGUGCUGCUCUUCGCCGCCUCGCUGCUCACCGUCUCGGCCUGGCUCCUGCAGUUCGCCCGGGGCUUGUGGCGCGGACGGGGGCUGCCGACGGGGGCGCCGCGGGGCAAAGCUCCUGUCGCCGCCGGCGGCGGCGGCGGCCUCUGGACGUCCCUGCUGCGCCUGGGCUCGGCCCGAGGGGGCGCCAGCUCGGAGGCGGCGGGGGCCCGCGGCUUGCUGGCUUCGCUCUUCGCCUUCCGAGCCUUCCGCGAGAACUGGCAGCGAGCCUGGCUGCGAGCACUCAACGAGCAGGCCCGACGGCAUGGGAGCUCCGUCCAGAUCGUCUUUGAGGAGAGUCCUCAGCUCCGGCCAGCUGUGGACAUCAGCGACGUGACCUGCACGGACCAGUCGGACUGCAGCAUGAUGUUGCGCUGCCACCUGUCAGCCGAAGCGGUGCAGUUCCCCAUCUCCGUCACCCAGCAGUCUCCAGCCGCGGUUUCCAUGGACACCUACCACGUCACCUUGGCGGUACUGCGGGCCCAGCUGGAGAUCCAUCUGGAGGAGAUCCAGGAGGAAGGCCUGCUGGUCUCCUGGGCAUUCAAAGACAGACCCGACUUGCGCCUCACGGUGGUUCCAAGGCUCCAGCUACGUGACGAGAACGAUGGGAAAGUGGACCUGACCACCAUCCAGGACCUGGUUGAGGACUCUGUCAUCAGCACUCAGCCUGCCAUGAUGGUUAACCUGAAGGCCAGCGCAGCGGGGGGCCAUAUGACCUCCUGCAACAAGCAGCUCUCCCAGGGCUCCGCAUCCAGCGCAGCCGUCGCCGGGGUGCCCAGGCUGCUCCUGCACCACCUGCGAGCCGUCCAUCUGGGCUGCGAGGAAACUCAAGGAAGCAGGCAGCUGUGCUGCAUGGUAGAGCUGGACAGCCCUCGACAGCAGAAGCGGACAAAGCUGGCGCCAGGCAGCAGCUCCAGCCCUGCGGCCGAAGUGGAAUGGGCCGAUCGACUCGUUCUGGAGCUUGGUCCGCAGAGCCGGGAGCUGAAGCUGAGCGUCCUUGGGAGCAGCACCACCACCACCACCACCGGGGAGGAUGUGCUCUUGGGGACGGCCACCGUCCCACUCGCCUCGCCCUCCAAAGAGCCACGGGGCCAGCAGCUCUACUUGCUGAAUCCUGCGGCUGGCAAGAAGCUGCCCCCUUCAGCUGCCGUCGCUGUGGAGCUGCUGUACCAGGAGCUGCCUGAGCUCCAGCCCGCAUCUUCGCUGCGCACCAGCAUCACCCCCACCAAGAGGAUCGAGAUGGACCGCACCAUCAUGCCCGACGGGACCGUCGUCACCACCGUCACCACCAUCCAGUCCAGGCCCAAGAUGGACUGCAAGCUUGAUUCGCCCUCGAGGUCUCCGUCGAAGGUGGAAGUGACGGAGAAGGUGACCACCAUGCUCCCAGAGAAUGGCUGCCCUGGCAGUGCGUCUCCCAGCAGCAGCAGGAGCAGUCGUGUCUCCAACGGCUUGGACCCCGUAGCGGAGACGGCCAUCCGGCAGCUGACAGACCUGACCAACAAGCCUGCGAAGAAGACCCCAACGAAGCGCAGCACGCUGAUCAUCUCGGGCAUUUCCAAGGUGCCCAUUGCCCAGGAUGAAAUGGCCCUCUCCCUUGGCUAUGCCGCCUCGCUGGAGGCCACGCUCCAGGACGACUCCUUCCUGGCCGGCAUGUCGGAGUACACACAGAGCCUCGCGGAGGCCACGGAGGCCACCUACUCUGCCCAAAGGGCCAGUCAGGAGCUGGACGAGACGACGCACUCGGACAUCUCCGAGAGGCCCUCGGUGGAGGAUGCGGAGUCUGAAACGGGUUCAACGGGAGCUCUGGAGACCAGGAGCCUGAAAGAUCACAAAGUGAACUUCCUUCGGAGCGGCACUAAACUCCUCUUCCGCAGGAAGAACAAGCAGAAGGAGGCCGGCCUCAGCCAGUCGCACGACGACUUGCCCCAGGCCAGCUCUAGCUCAGCCGCCAGGAAGAAGUCGGGCAGCUUCUCCCGGCGCCUCAUCAAGCGCUUCUCCUUCAAGUCCAAGUCGAAACCAAAGGCCAACGGCAGCACGCUGGCCAUGGACGAUCACUGAAGCCCCUCUGCUGAGAGGCGUUCUCCAGCAGCAGCCCCCCCCCGCGCGCCCCCCGGCCGAUGCUUCCCCGCUCCGUCUCCACAUCGCAGCCCCAGUUCCUCCCCCCUCCUGUGCAGAAGGGGGGCAGCCCUCCAGGACCAGCCUGGGUGGUUGCUGUUGAUCGCUGGAGCUCUUGCUGCGAGGCUGCUGUGGGUGCUGCAGCCUCCCGGAGGGAGAGACCGUGGCCCCAGUGGGCCUGUUUGCCACUGCUCUGUGUGCUGCAUCUUGGGGAGGGGGGCAAGGAUGCAGGCCCCACGUGCUUGAAUUUGGAACCCUGGGUGUGCAGGGAGGAGAAGCCUUGAGGAGGGCUUCACACCAGCCCACCCUGCCCCCUCUACUGGCUGGGGUUCGGGGGGGGGGCAACCCCGGCCUCCGCCAGCCCUAUAGCAGUUUCCCAGCAUGCCAGCAUCCGUGGGCACUCCGUGGCGUCCUCUUCUACGGGGCCUGAUGAGGUGGCUGCAGCAGAGGCACUCGGUCUUGUCUGCUGAAGAUGGGAAGCGGCACUGCCAGAGGGCUCUCCCUCCCUCUCUCUCUCUCAAGAAGUGGCCCUUCCUGCAUUUCUCCUCUUCCCUCACAGACUGGGCUCCACUUGAAGGGGAGGCUCUCUGCUGAUCUGCCCUGCGUCAGGGUGCAGGAGGACAGGUGCUGUGUAGACAGGCUCCCCACUCUCCUUGAGGAGGGGGCAUUCUUGACUUGCGCAGCAGAGCGCUGGACGAGGCCUUGUCUACCUGAAGGAGUGGGGCAGUCUGUCUGCCGGCCCCUGCUGGUGAGCCAGAUGGCCCGUGUGUGUGAUGCUGGGGGGGGGGCAGGCCUGCUUAGGCUGGGCUGGUCCCUCCCUGCAGGUGGGGAGGGGGGGGGCUCUUAGGGUAAGGAAACAAAACUCUGGGGUCGCCCAAGAAGUCAGUACUCAGGUUUUGAACACUUGCAGGAGACCCUCGGCUUGAGACACAACCGUGUCCUUGCGUCGGAGGGAGUGGCCGCUGGGCACGUCCAAGACCCACGGAGGCUGGCGGGGUGUGUCUGCGGCAAGGAGGAGGCAGCACAGCAGGCUGGUGUGAGCACUGCCCCUGCCCCUCUCCAGGCCGCGGUGUCUGCUCAGCCUCCAGGGCCUGUGCUUGUUUCCCCUUUGGCCCGCUGGUCUCUGUGGGCCCAACUGCUCCCUGGAAGAGAGGGGUGUCCCCCCCCCCCGCUUGGCAAGCGAGACUUGGCACUCUGAGGAUGGGCCAGCCUGUGUGCUCUCCUGCUUGUUGUCUUCGGCUGCACCCAUCCUUCGUUUUGGGGAACUCCCCGUUGGCUUGCGCCAAGGCGGACCAGCCGAGUUCUGCACCCUUCAGUGUGGGGAAGCUGCAACUUGGAUUCCCCUUCAGUCUGAGCAGUGAAACCCAGAAGGGGGAGGGCUGUCCCGGGAGUUUCUGUCUGCAUUUACACCUGCAUGAUGUGAAGAGGUGGGGGGGAGAGACCUCCCCCACUGCCUCCCUUGCACCUGACUGGGCCAUUUGAACUAGUCUGGAGUCCAGGGAGGUCUCUGGGAGGAAAGAGGGCAACGAAGGGGCUUCUCUCUGGCCCAGAGCAUGUCCUGCUCUUUCAUCAAGGGAAAGGACAGGUGUCUCUGCCUCAGGAUGCCCUGUGCCAAUAGGGUAGCCAGCAGGCUAGGAUGCCUGGCCCCCGCUUGUCCCCAUCCGCGGUGGGAGUGGCAGCACCGGCUACCAGCACGCCUGCACUGUGAAGGCCGCCUGUGCUGCAGUCCUCUCGUUUGAAUUAGUCCAGUCUGAACACUGCACUUAUUUGUUAGUUCACUCAUCAUGGGCUUUAAAAACCCCCACACCCAGAUUUGCAGGUAAAGGUAGCUGGAUUAGGGGUGCCUGCAUUCUGUGCUGUGUUCAGUCAUGGUUGCUUUGCAAAGUGGGAUGUCCGUAGGGCAAGUGGCACAGAAUCAUGAUCUUGAAAAAUCACUCGUACAAUCACUCUUACUUUUUGCACUCUGGUUUCUGCAAGACUUGCUUGCUGCUUUGGUUGGUGUGCAUUGUUCUGUGUGUAAACACUCUGCUGGUGUGCCUGAGCAGUGGAUUGGCGUGAGGUGGGAACAGCCGUGCACUGCCCUUGGCAAAACUCUCUAGGGCUGCGGUGGAAGAGAGUCGGGGGUGGGGGGCAGUGGCAAAGGAGGCACCGCUGCCUCUGCUUCCCUUGCUCCUCUCCACUCUCCCUCAACUUGCACUGCCUGUAGGCUGGCCACUCGUCAGGUAGAGCUGUGUGGUUAAUGGCCGGCCUGCAGGCAGCACAGAUUAGGAGAGAGAGGAGCAAACGGAGCCCCAGAAAGCAGAGGCAGCGGAGCCUCUUGAUGAACACUGAGCCACUGCAGACUUCGAGGCUGACACGGAAGCAGCCUGAGCAUUCUGCUUGCUGCUCUUCACAGGUCUCCUGUACAGUAAUGGCCCUCUGACUUAAAACUGGUACUGACAGACACAUCUUGCCAUCUUUUCGGAGUGAGGAUGUAGCCACCCUGGCGGCUGCUGCUGCUACUUCGAAGAUGGAUUCAGGGCAUCGUAGCCAUGAGCGCUCUCGAAUAGCCUUUCAAAGGCCACUAGCUGGCCAGCAUAGGAAAUACAAUUCCAUUUUUAAAAAAUGACCAGCCUGUAGUUUGAGGAAAUUAGAGAGACUCUUUACAAAGGGUAAAAUGAAGGAUUCUGCUGGCCAGUGAUUGACUCUCCAGGAGGAUGCAUGGGCUGACCGUGGCACAAGUGUGAAUGCAACGGGGUAGCUUCAUUUUUGCACAAUACAGCCAGCAGCUGGUGCGGGAAGGAGCCUUUCCACUGCUCUGGUGUGAUCAAACCAAGGAUGCCCCAUCACCUGACUGGGGCCACUGGUUGACUGAGACAAGCUCCCGCCUAGGGAUUGUGCUUGAAAUGUAUUUUCUUUCAUAGGAAAUGUGCUUUGUGGCUCUCUUGGCAAACAGCACUUGAUGUGGUGAUUUCAGAGGUUUGGAGGUGCAUGCCUGAUGGGCCGAGCACCUGUUUUAAGACUCUGGUGCAUCUCCCCCGUCUGACUCCAUGGUGGGGAAGGGCUUGUUCCUUAUUUCCUUGGCACCAGGCCGAAAAGGUGUCAUUUGUGGGGGAAACUCUUCACUCCUCCUGGUUUGCAGAGGGUGCGAAUCCUCUGCCAAUCAGGUGUUGCACUUCACCAUGGUCCCGUGAAGGUUUGCAUUGCCGCUUCCUCACUGCCUGGGUACUAGCCGAUGCUUUGUCACUUCUGCUGCUGGAGGGAGAGCAGGCCCUUAACUAACUGGCAAGUAGCUCAGGGUCUGAAGCCGGAUGGAGCAGCUCCUCUGGCUCUCACUGCUUCAGUCACAUGGGCGGCAUUUAUGGAGAUCAGAGCAGUGGGUUCUGUGGCGGUGGCAGCCUUCCUGGAAGAUGAGCUGUACAGCCCCCUUCCACCCACACCCCCGACGGAGUCCUCAGCUCUGUAGCUGUCCCUUAGGCUGUGCCUCCUUUGUUCACUUGUACAGGUGCUGGACCAAACGCUCACUGGAGCCUGAGCCGACCCCCCUGCUCAUGGGCUCUUCUGUACCCGAGGCCUUCUCUGUGGGUGGAUCACUGUAAGCCCCAGAUUGUUUAGAUAAAAUGAAAUAGGAACUGUGUAGAUAUUUACAGGACUAGAGUACAAUAAUUAUUUAAAGAUGAUUGUGAAACUCUGCACCUUUGUAUAUGUUGGAAGAAUUCUACUGCUGUGUGAUGGCCUGGACUUUAACUUAUUAAACUAAAUGGGAACUACAGAA